CGGGCUCCCAGCCGCGCCGCGCCUCGCAAAGCCCGCCGGGAGCCGGCUGCAGCCGCCAAGAUGUCGCAGACUAAGAAGAGAAAGCUUGAGUCGGGGGGCGGCGGCGAAGGAGGGGAGGGAACUGAAGAGGAAGAUGGCGGGGAGCAGGAGGUGGCCGUGCCACGACCCCGGAGGACUAAGCGCGAGCGGGACCAGCUGUACUACGAGUGCUACUCGGACGUGUCGGUCCACGAGGAGAUGAUCGCCGACCGCGUCCGCACCGAUGCCUACCGCCUGGGUAUCCUGCGGAACUGGGCAGCUCUGCGAGGCAAGACCGUGUUGGACGUGGGUGCAGGCACCGGCAUUUUGAGCAUCUUCUGUGCCCAGGCCGGGGCCCGGCGCGUGUACGCGGUGGAGGCCAGCGCCAUUUGGCAACAGGCCCGGGAGGUAGUGCGGCUCAACGGGCUGGAGGACCGAGUGCAUGUCCUGCCAGGUCCAGUGGAGACCGUGGAGUUGCCAGAGCAGGUGGAUGCCAUCGUGAGCGAGUGGAUGGGCUAUGGACUUCUGCACGAGUCCAUGCUGAGCUCUGUGCUGCACGCGCGGACCAAGUGGCUGAAGGAGGGCGGUAUUCUCCUACCGGCUUCCGCUGAGCUCUUCGUAGCCCCCAUUAGCGACCAGAUGCUGGAGUGGCGCCUAGGCUUUUGGAGCCAGGUGAAGCAGCACUAUGGCGUGGACAUGAGUUGCCUAGAGAGUUUCGCCACACGCUGCCUCAUGAGCCACUCGGAGAUCGUGGUGCAGGGUCUGUCCGGCGAGGACGUGCUGGCCCGGCCACAGCGUUUUGCUCAGCUCGAGCUGGCCCGCGCCGGCCUGGAACAGGAGCUGGAGGCCGGGGUGGGCGGGCGCUUCCGCUGCAGCUGUUAUGGCUCGGCGCCCAUGCAUGGUUUUGCCAUCUGGUUCCAGGUGACCUUCCCUGGAGGAGAUUCGGAGAAACCCCUGGUGCUGUCCACCUCGCCUUUUCAUCCGGCCACACACUGGAAGCAGGCACUCCUCUACCUAAACGAGCCGGUACAAGUGGAACAAGACACGGACGUUUCAGGAGAGAUCACGCUGCUGCCCUCCCGGGACAACCCUCGUCGCCUGCGCGUUCUGCUGCGCUACAAAGUGGGAGACCAGGAGGAAAAGACCAAAGACUUUGCCAUGGAAGACUGAGCAUUGCCUUUUCUCCCAGCCCCACCUCCUAAGGCAGCCUGGCCUGUUUGGGAGAGGCAUAGGGAGGUCGGAGGAGAAUGGGAAAUCCCAUGUGCAAGUAUCGUGUGAUGGUAUCAUCAUGGCUAUAUGUGAAGAGCAAUGUAUGACCCUGGACACCAAAUGAUCCAAAGGAAAACCAAGACCUUUGGAGUGAGGAUACUUCCUAAAGGAUGCAAGUCUAAUAUAUAUCAGUAUACAGGCAUUGUUCUCUCUUGUGGACUGGUACUGAUUGUUUGGGGCCAUUAGGGCCCCAAGCAAGAACUCCUAGGCCCAAAGAAAAAUAUGGUAAAGUUAUACUUGUUUCCCUCAAACAACUUACAUUUAUUUAACCCUAUGAAAUGUCCCAAAUAUUUUCAUUAUGUUCAUUGGACCAAUGAAUAUUUUAUUGAUUAUAUGAAGUAAUAGUCAUUGUUAACCAUGUAGGAUACAAACCAAUAGAACAGAUUCUGCCUUCAGAUACAUACCUUUAUAAGAUAACUACUAAGUAUAAUAAACAACAGGCUAAGGACUGGGUUGGUCUUGAUGUUAGGAAGGACAGAUAAUUAUCUUCCUUUCUCAUACAGAUUUACACAGAUAUUGAAGGAUUUGCAUAAAGUUGCAUGUCUGAUACUUAAGUCCUCCUAACCUCAAAAAUUCACUUUUUCAUUAUAUCAAUCCUGCAUGCUUCAGUCAAAAACAUAAAAGUACAUACCUCCUGAGUAGGUAACAACUAUUUUUAUCCUUUUACGACCAAGAAAGGGAAAACUCCUUAGCCCUUGGAAAUCUCACUGGAGAGCUCUUAGGCCUUGAAAAACCACCCCCUUUAAGAAUAGGGUCUCAAGGUUUGACAGAUACUAAGCACUCAUUAAACACUCCCAAUGCCCAUUCUUUAACAGCUAAUCAAAUGUGAUACAUAUCCUGAGGCCCCCAGAAAACUGAAUCCUCAACACUGUGAGGCCAUUUGUCCUUGGUCCUUGGUACCAGAGAGAAAAGAACCAGAUGAGUUUGAAAGUGAUGCUGAAAAUGGCCAAGAGUCAAGUAGGUAAAAAUGUGAAAAGCAUUUCAGCAAACAACUAACAUUUUGCUUAUGGUCAGCCCUAUUGUUAUCUUCAUACUUCACACUACCUAAUGUGGCUGAGGGAUUGGUCUUGGGGGCACUAAAUAACAAAGAUAUCCCAUUCUUACAUGUGCAUCUUUUGAUGCAUUGAUUUAUUCAUUGAUCCAAUAAACCAGCAAUGUAAAUUCUAAGAUAAGUAAAUUCUAUUUGACUAUAAUAUGGUAGGGAACUUAAUUAACAACAUCAAUAAUUUACAUGCAUUGUUGAGUCUGGAAAAGCUUCAUUCAACUAAACCUUAUCUGUUGAAGCAAGAUUGGAAAGGCAGCAAAAAUAUAGCUUAUACUCUCAGAUACAUAAUGAAAUCCUCAGGAAAAAAUCCUCUCUGAUAUUAAUUCCAGAAACAAGUCCAUAUCCUCUGAAUAACUGGUUUGUUUCAUAAAAGACAUAGCAUAUUGGUUAAAUGACCCUCCACAAUGGCUGCUAGAAGGCUGAGCCAAUUUUAUGCCUCACUUGUCCUAUUUUUUUUUUUUUUAAUCUUUGCAUCUGGCUCCCUUCUACACUCUAUAAUUUUUUCUCUGAUUUUUCGUCUCACACUUGUAGUACAUCAUAUAUGUUUUGUUGGUAUUUAUGUAACCUUUAUCUCUUCUAAAUUUUUUUGACAUUAAAAUGUUUUCCUACUUGAAAUACCUACAAGAGGCCUGCGGGUGAGGAGGUUAGAGAAAGGACCCGAGAACUCAGAUAUGUGUCCCCGAAAUUUCCUACAAAAUGUGUUUGUCUCAGAUUUUUCAUUGGGUUGAACAGCUGAUUUGAUUCCCAUACUUUUAGCCAACUUUACAGAAUUCUACAUUUUGUAGAAUCAAAAUUUCGGAGUAUAUGAAAACUCAGACAUGUAGAGAACCUCGAAUAAAAUCGUGAAUAAAGCUCUUUCAAAGCCUAGGACAAGUCUUGAUUAAAUCUGAAACACACUAGUAAGAAGAAUUAUAGGUUUCUAAACCUUUUUCAGAAAUGUGUCAAAAUAGUUAUGGUAACGAUAAGGCGGUAUAUGGCAUAAUUAGACUAUUUGUCAAAAUAUUGUAUAUAUUUGCAGGAAAAGAAACAAAAAUCUUGGGCCUGAUUAAAUAUUAAGAGGAUUUUAAUAAAAAAUCAGGACAUGACCAGUAGCAGUGAAAUUGUGCUCCUUUGGUAUCUUUGAUAAUUAAAUUCAUUAUUGUUGAUAAUAGAAGUAGUAGGGGAAGACUGGUGAAGAUUUCAGUUGAUUGAGUAGCUUUAAACACAGCAGACAUGUAUAAUAUAGGGAACUGGUGGGGUGCUGAUAUCUUUUCAGUACAAAAAAUGCUCCUUAAAGUACAAAAAAAGGAAGAAAAUAGAGAAGGAAAGGCAGUCAGAAGGAAAUGAUCUCUGUACUUUUUAAAAUCUUUGCAGGCACUCCACUAAUGAAGUGAGAUAUGUGUUUGUGAAAAACUUUCACAUUCUGCAAAAUUGUUGGCUAAAAAUAACAAAGUGAUGAGAAACAUGAGAUGGGUGAUCCACCAAAACCUAUAAAGCUUUGUAACUAAGAGUACUAAUACGGUACUAUUUAUAAUAAAAGUAGUAGCAGUUAAUUCCUAAUAAAUUCUAAAGUAAAUAUAAGUAAGGAGAGCUCAAUGGAAGGAAAUAAGAAAGAACUUCACAAACAAAACCCGCAAAGAUGGGGAAAAGGCUCAAUAAAUAUUUCUAAGAUAAAGAGAAUAUGGUCAGAGCCAGCAGGAAGAACCUAGUGCAUGAUACAUUCCUCUUAGCUCACUGUAUUGAACUACACCUUGUGCUUUGUGUUCAGUAGCAGUUACCAGGGGGUGCUAAGUAAUAAUGAUGACACUGAUGGCAUAUAAAUCAGCUGACUUCCACUUACACUGGCAUUAUUUCCCUACAUACCAGUUGAAUUCAAAUUCAUUUGAUUUACAGAAGCAUUCAUUGAAGCAGAACACUUCGUCUUUUGUUCAAUUUUCAAAAAUUAAUUUAAAAUUCCAUUGGGUUUAUAGAUCUUUCAGUGCAAAUUUUGAAGGGAAGUAGAAUGGAGAGUCACAUGUGGCUAUAACUAUACUUAAGUAUAAAUUUAUAUAAUUUAUAGUUUUAGUCACAAGGAACAUAUAUAGAAAAUUUGAGGAAUGAAAAUACUGACCUGUGUAGAGUGGAAGGAAAAUGGUUGAAUACAGUUACUUGAGUUUAGGUGUUAGUUGGAUAGAUGGGAAUGGGGACAAUAGCUGUUUUUUCCAAAGUCACUGGACAGCAUAAAAACCUCUUGGAGACAUAGAAACCUAUAGUGAAAUAAGCAAAUAAAUGAUUUGGAUCCUGAUUUGUAUAUUCUACUCAUCACAAUUUCCUUAGAGUAAGUUUUUAUUUUUUCCCUGAAAUUGUGGGCUUAUAACAAAAGUAAGUAUUGUGAUUGAUGGCAAACUACUGCUUAUUUUUUGUCUUUUUUGUUUGUUUGUUUGUUGUUAUUGUUGUUGUACUAGGGAUUGAACCCAGGGCCACUCAACCACUACACUAUGUCCCCAGAAUUUUUUUUUUUUUUUGAGACAGGAUCUCAUAAGUUGCUGAUGUUGGCCUCAAAACACACAUUCUCCUGCCUCAGCCUCCCCAGGAGAGAUUAUAGGCACAUACUACUGAGCCUGGCAACUGCUGCUUAUUUUGAUGUUUGACUUUUUCUUUUCAGCUUAAUUCCUAAAAAUUCCUAAACCUAUUUGAGGAUUUGUGUAUUUAAGAACUAUUUAAUCCUCUCGAAUUAGGGAACAAAAUCUUCCAACACAUAUUACUUCAAGCUAUACAUAAUUUGGUAACGGGUGGUGUGGAGUGAUGUGACUACUAGACUGUUAGAUGUUUUUAAAUAAAUACUUGCAGCUUUGCUCUUUUUAACACUAUUGUAUAUUACUUAUUUUAUAUGUUAAGAUAAUCAUAUAUUAUUGUAUUUAAAUCAUUAUAAGAAUAAAGUAAGGAAUUUUGACCUUAUAUAUGAUGAUGGAAAAAGAUUGAGAUCCACAAGUGGUUAACAUUUUUAUUUUAUCCUUUCAUUAGUAUCAGACUUUUUACCAGGACUUUUUAUAAAAGUAGCAAACUGCUUAUUUGUCUUUUAAUUUUUGUCAUAGGGGUUUGAAUCCAGGGCCUCAAGCAUGCCAGGCAAGCAGGCUACCACUGAGCCACAUCCUCAGACCCCACACUGCUUAUUUUACUGUGUACUUUUCAUUCUACAAUAUUUAUCAUUUGGGGGAACUAUAAAAAUAGGAAACAUUUAAAUGGUUAGGACUGUACAGUAAGAGAAUUUUAAAAAAGAGGAUUUGGGAAAUCCAAAGAUUAAAUAUGCAGUCCUUGAAUAAUUGAGAAUUUUUUCUAGUCAGAAUAAUUAGAGGAAAACAAGGAGAGAAUGACGGCAAUUACAACAAACAGAUUUUAAUACAAAAUGAAAUUAGAAACCACCAGGAAAUGUGCUGUUUAUGAUAAAUAGUAUUAAAUACCAGCCAGCUUUGCUUAAAACCUCAAGAGAUUUAUAGAGCCCAGGCAUUAUUAUAAGAUGGAAGCACAUAUAAAUUAAUUUUGUAAUUUUGGGUCCAAGAAAAAUAUUAUGCCAAAGCUUCAGAAUGGUAAAUAAGUUCUUAUGCAGGUAGGAGGCAGAAUAGUUGAGUUACUCUAUACAAUCAACAUAAAACAAGAUCAAUAAAGGAUGUGGUCCUUGCAGCACCCCAUGAAUAGUGAUGUUAAGACACUGAAAUGAUGUAUUAUUCAGUGGUAAAAUAUGUUAUAUGGUUGUUAAUAGGCUAUAGUUUUUCAUUUUUAAUUUGUUAUGUCUGAUUUAUUUUAUACCAGAUGAUAAUGCAUUCUUAGAAAUAUAUUAUGAAAAUAUCAUAUGCUGAAACUUUAUACCAAAUGAUAUUCCAUUGCACCCAUUACUACUUAGUAUGUGAAAUGUUUUUUUAUGCAACAUGUUAUAUUACAUCAAACCAUGCAGUUUCAUUUAAAUCAAUGACAUUAACAUUGUUUACUUCACAUGAGUUAUACAUAAUAAAAUAAUAUCCCAUAAAGAAUGGCUUUCAUCCAAAAGAAGAUUCCAUAUUUGUUACAAACGUUCAUCUAAGCAAAUACCUCCCUUGUCAGACAGAAUAAGCAAUCAUGAUACUCAAGCAUCUUUGUUAAUUUUUAAAUCAUAUUGAGUAGCUAAUAUAUACUUUAGAUACAUUAUUUUAUUUACCAAAAUAGUUCUGUGAAGUAGUUCUAUUAUCAAUCCUAUCUUAUAGAUGAGAAAACAAAGGCAUGAAGGAGUUUGGCAAAUUGUCCCAGGCUACACAGUAAGUAGCAGAGCCUGGGACUCACCCCUGAAAAUCUGGACACCUCAUCUUUUCUACUGUAUGUCCUAUAUGUGACAGUUGGGCUCUCAGAGUUAAAGUGACAUUUAUAGGCACUAAAAAUAGAUUGGAACUUGUCUUAGGUUAGGUACCCCAGGAAUGGAUUCUUCAGCAAACCAGCUUGCAUUCACGUGCUGACACACACAUGCACAUACUUAUACUUUUUUUAGAAGAGUUUGAAAUAGACCCAGAAGACAUCGAUUGGCAAAUGUAAUGCAAUUCUUGAAAAAUACAGUGAUGUCACCCCAAUAAAUGUCAUGCAAUUCCCUAGCUUUUCUUUGCUCAUGCUGCCACCCCCUGCUUAUCUAGAAUGCCCAUCUUCUCUCCUUCCCUUCCUAUUUCCUAUUCAAGAGUCUGCUUAAGUACUACCUCUUGUCUUAAGCUUUCCUCAUCUCUCUGUUCAAAGGAGUCCUUUCACAAUCUCAUACUCUGCUUCAUGCACUUUAAGCUUUUGGAUCUUGCCUCUAUCUACUUUCAUUUAGUUUUAUUAUUCUUUCAGGAAAAGAUACAUUUCUUAUACAUCUUAGCAUCUCCCAUUUUACCUAGCAUGUAGUACCUGAUGGUUUUUAUUCUGUUAACAUAUACUGUGUUUCUUUGUGUUCCUCAGAAAAGAAGAGAGUAUUUUAUGACUUCAGUUAGAUUUUCUGGCUGAAUGAGUCAAUUUUCUGUCACUGUAACAAAUACCUAAAAUAAUCAGCUUAUAAAGACAAAAGGUUUAUUUUGGUUCACAAUGGAGGUUUCCAUCCAUGGUCAAUUGUUCCUUUUGCUUUGGAUGAGGUGGCACAUCAUGAUGGGAAUGUGUGGAACCCAAUAAACAUCACCCUGGGGAGCAAGUUUUUACCAUAUGGACUUUUUUUGGAGGCAUUUAAAAUCCAAACUAUAGCACUGGCUUAACUGAAUUUGCUAAAGGUAUUAGGAGAACAUGGUGACCACAUAUUAAUAAAUUCUAUUACUAAAAGGAAAUCAAUUAUUUUAUCCCAAUCUGAAGGUAAUAUAUUUUUAAUUGAAUGAUAGCUUUAAGGCUGAGUUCUGCCUGGAAAAAUAAUAAAAUAUCUAGCUAUAAAACAAAAUUGAACUUGUUAUUGUUCAUCAAAAAAAAAAAAAAAGCCUUAACCAAUUUACAGCAAGUUUUAUUGGGAAGAACUUCAUCCAAAACUUCAAUGCAUAUGCCAAGUUUUGGUAUAGUGUGUUAAAUUGCUUCAGCAUAAGGUCUGUGGUUCAUCAUAUCUAAUCUAUACAUAGGAAAUGUGACAUUAUUAUAAAGUGUAAUUAUUUUCAGAAACUUUAAAAUAAAGUGUUUUUAAUUAAA